AUGGGUCGUCCGCGCAAGUCCAGCCAUCUGGGAGAGAUCCCAGGCGAUACCAACGCGCCAGCCAUGUCAACUUUGAACGAGGCCAGCCCUAUUGAGGGAGAAUCUCCAAAAUGGGACAAGGCCUUGCAGAACCAGGCAACAUCUGAGAAGUCUCUCAAAUCGCAAACCAAGCGUCGCAAGAACCGAUCGCCCCUCCGUCGGUUCAAGGACAUAUGUGUGAAACACACCUGGGUUCUACCUCUCCUGCUGAUGAGCGUGAUCCUCCUCGCAUACGCCGUUAAUCCCACGCCGGCCAAUCCUUUCCACAGCGCUAUCUUCUUGUCUUACCCGGAGCCUCCCAAGUCCCCUGGCGGCCCGGUUAUGUACGGAAAAGGUCCCUUGGACUUUGCUUUUGUCGGCUUCUACACUAUUGUCCUGUCUUUCACACGAGAGUUUCUGAUGCAAUGCGUGAUUCGUCCAUGGGCUGCCUACUGUGGCAUUCGCGGCAGAGGAAAGACUGCUAGGUUCAUGGAGCAGGUCUACACAGCCAUGUAUUUUGCGAUCUUUGGACCUUUCGGUCUGUACGUGAUGAAGCAGACGGAUAUCUGGUACUUCAACACCACGGCCAUGUUUGAGGGUUUCCCUCACCGGGAGCACGUAGCCAUCUUCAAGGCCUAUUACCUGCUCCAGGCUAGUUACUGGGCUCAGCAGGCGAUUGUGUUGCUGUUGCAGCUCGAAAAGCCCCGAAAGGAUUUCAAGGAGCUCGUUGGCCACCACAUUAUCACUCUGGCGCUGAUCGGAUUGAGUUACCGCUUCCACUUCACCUAUAUGGGCAUUGCGGUCUAUAUCACCCACGACAUCUCAGAUUUCUUCCUCGCGACCUCAAAAACCCUCAACUACCUCGACUCCAUCAUCACCAUACCAUACUUUGGCACCUUUGUUGUUAUGUGGAUCUACCUCCGCCAUGUCCUCAACCUGAAGAUCCUCUGGGCCGUGCUGACCGAAUUCCGCACCGUUGGACCCUACGAGCUCAACUGGGAGACCCAACAAUACAAAUGCUGGAUCAGUCAGAUUAUCACCUUCGCCCUGCUGGCCAGUCUGCAGGCCGUCAACCUCUUCUGGCUCUUCUUGAUCCUUCGCAUUCUCAAGAACUACAUCUUCAACAAGGUGAAGAAGGACGAGAGAAGCGACGAUGAGACCGAAGAGGAACUCGAGCAGGCGUCAGAGAGUCAUGCUACUCUUGCCACUGGAGCGGAGCAACCUCUUCUCACCGCUCGUAAUACAAACAAGGCGCCUCAGGUCUUCGUUAACGGCGAGCCUCUUGGCGCAAAAGCCGACUCUUAG